AUGGAAAUUGAUACUCCUUCUCUCGUGUUAUCCUAAACAAACAGUUUGAUUGAUUCAGUUGAUUUCGAAGAACUACUUGCAGAAUUUAACUAUAAAUUUUUUGGUCCUGAUCUCAAAUUAAUAGAUAUAAAUACUGGGAGUGGCUUUGUAUUCCAAGGCUAAGAUCAUUAUGACAAUUUAUGUCAAUUUGUGACAAAAUACAUCCAGUAGUAACUUGUCAGACAAUAUAAAAUGAGUGAGAUUUUCAUACCAGAAGAUGAGGAUGGUCCCAAAGGCAAUAUUUUCAUAUCUUCAAAUUUCUAUGAUGCUAGAGUCAAGAAAUGUUUGGUGAUAAUUCAAGGUACUGGAGAGGUUAGAGCUGGGUAAUUUUUGAACCAUAGUAUUGCAGUUAUAGCUCAUUCAGCUGGCGGCAGAUGUGUAGCAGAUCUAUAUUCUAGAUUUAAAGAUGAAUUUAUAAAUAAAGUCAAAGCUCUUGUCUUUACUGAUUCAUUUUAUCAUGGAAUGUGCUUAAGUAUGAAUCCAAAAGAGAUUGAAUGGGCUAGAAAAGUUGGUAUUCAUUAUAAGAAAUAUAAUAGGCAAUAUAAACAACUGGGAGAGCAAUUUAAGUAAUAAUAAGGGCAUAUUCUUGAAGUUUCAGCAGGUACUGAUAGACAUGAAUUAACAACUGGAUUUUCUCAUUCAUUGAUUGUCUAAUUUAUUGAUCAAAAGUUCAAGAUUGGGAGUAAUUAAAAAAUUUGA